AAUGCCACAAGGUAUUAGACGUUUUCGCUCUGGACGAAGAGUUGUCACUUUUCCACCGAUGUCUUUUCAGCCAAGCCACGUCACCGGCACGAUGCACGAGAAGCACCAAAAGGAUGGGCCAAGCCCAAACAGCAGAAAACAGCCUAACCUCAUGAUGGUCAGAGGUACUCCCUUUGCGGGCUACUUCCAUCGCGAGUACAUCGAGUCGGCCAUGGACUACGCUCACCGGCAAGGUGACCUCUUCAUCGUCACCUACGUGAAGUGUGGUACUACGUGGAUGCAGCACAUCGUGUACCUCAUUCAACAUGAUGGCGUGCCUCCAGCUAACGCCGUACAGUUCUACAAGGCUUCGCCGUUCAUCGAGAUCUGCGGUGCCGACUGCAUGAAAUGGGUCAAGAGGCCCGGUGCCGUCAAGACUCACCUACCGCUGCACCAGAUGCGCUAUUCCCCCGAAGCUAAGUACAUUGUCGUCAUAAGGAACCCAUUCGACGUUCUGGUGUCGAUGCACCACUUCUGGUUCAUGAUAUCCGCCUACGGGUACGAAGGUAGCUUCGACGACUCUUUCGAGAACUUCAUGAGCAAUUACAUAGAGAGUGGAGACUACUUCGCCUUUUACAGAGACUGGUACGAACGCAGCUCUGAUCCAAACGUGCUCUUCGUUGUCUACGAGGACAUGAAGAAAGACGCCGAGGCUGCCGUACUCAAGGUCGCAAGGUUCCUCGGACCUGAGUACGAGCACCGCCUGUUGGCCAAUGACUGCAAGGUUCUCAAGGACGUGCUCAAGUACAGCAGCGUCGAAGAGAUGAAGAAGUACACCAAUGACAUGAUUCACGAUUUCUACGCGACUGAUUUCGCGUUUCAGGGAGAGGAGUACGCAGGCCUGCGUAAGUUUCACGAAGUCGUCCACAACGCACGUGGUCCGGAAGUCGGGCCUGCUGCAGCAUCCGCGGACAAGAUAUACUACGUUCGGAAAGGCGCGGUGGGAGACUGGAAGAACUACUUCUCUCCAGAACAGGUGAAGAGGCUAAAGGAGCGAUUUCAAAAGGAAACGCGGGGCUCCGGUAUCGCUAACUUAUGGCCCGAUAUGGGAUUUCAUGAAUGAGAUGAAUGAUGUAGCUGUGAGCACUGAAAAGAUGGCCAAAAGGGUUUGUCAGUGUCGUGUCUGUGGUGUCGACACAAAAGGAACAUCCCUUUUCGUAUGUCACAAAAGUGCAUUGAGCUUGGAUGAAUGUCCCACCCACGUGUGUACAUUGUUUCAC